UGCUUCACUAUUAAACCCCGCAAUAUCAUCCUGCCCAGACCUUCGACCUUCCUUUCUUGUGUUCCAGAACUUCUUCCAGCAUGGCCACAACACCAAUUGACCCGGUCCAAGACCCUCGCGUCACGCACGAGACCGCCGUGCUCAAUGGCCACACAUACCAUUAUUUCCUCGGCGUUCCGAAGACUGGAAGCUUCAAGGCGACUAUUGUCCUGGUCCAUGGAUGGCCUGAUCUGGCCUUCGGCUGGCGCUACCAAAUCCCUGUCCUCAUUGAGCUUGGAUAUCGCGUCGUGGCCCUCGACAUGAUGGGCUAUGGUGGUACGGACGCUCCAAAGGUACCGCCAAAUGAUAUCAGCCUCUAUGGCUUCAAGCGUGCUGCGGACGAUAUCGCGGAGCUGGCAAAGCUGCUGCAAGCGCCGAAGAUUGUUCUGGGUGGCCACGACUGGGGAGGUGCCGUCGUUUACCGGGUCGCUCUGUGGAAGCCGUCUCUCGUUUCGCAUGUUUUCGCCAUCAGCACUCCUUACAUGCCGCCUGCCAAGACUUACAUCUCGCUAGAGGAUCUGGUCAAAGGCCCGGUGCCGCAGUUUGCGUACCAACUGAACUUGGCCAGCAAAGAGCCUGAAGAAGGCAUCAAGACUCGUGAGCAGCUGACUGGGUUCCUUAGGGUUAUCAGUGGCGGAAAGGGGCCUAAUGGUGAAAUGGCUUUCACGGCAGAGAAGGGUGUAAUUCUCGAGAAUUUGGAGAAGAUCCAAAAGGGACCCUGGAUGAGUGACAAGGAGUUGGACUUUUACGUUGAUCAGUACUCCCGCAACGGCCUUCACGGUCCGUUCAACUGGUACCGUACGCGCGAGGUCAACUUCAAGGAAGAGUUGGAGCUCGAAAACCCGACGAUCAACUGCCCGGUUCUUUUUAUCGCUACCCUGAGAGACAACAUUCUCAAGCCAGAGAUGUCUGCUGGUAUGGGUAAGGUCAUUCCCAACCUGAGCAGGGCUGAGGUGAACACGCACCAUUUCGGCCAAUGGGAGAAGCCGGAGGAGAUCAACACUAUCUUGAAGAACUGGUCUGAGGCAGUUGUGUUUGGUGGAAAGAGUACCCUCUGAGUGCCAUCAAAAAAGACUUGCCAGACGGUGUGAGCCAAUCCAACCUCAAACAUAAGAUUGUAAAGAAAUAAUUUCAAUGACCCAACAUUUGAAUUGUUUUUUUUAUGGCCCUAUAGCUUGAUAGUCCUUUUUUGUUCGGGUUGCCUUUCCUUCAUCGCCUUUCAAAUCAGGUUAUGCUAUGCUUCCUGGGUACACCGUUGAUGGUGGUAACCAGCUUUAAUUCUACAUCUAGUUACUCUGCGAGAGCGCAAAAACAGAAAGGUAUGGGAAGAAGCCACAUACCUUUACAGUGUUGAUGUCACGGAGG